AGUUGUCGCUUGAGCCACCUAAAUUCUUAAAACCACCAGUCCAAGUCAACCCUAAAUGCUCUCCUAUAUCUAUCACCCCACAUGUGUUUUCCGAUGGCCUUCUCCAUUUUCCCCCACUUUCUCAGGAGUGUGAUGAGAAAACCCUGCUGUGACAAACAAGGCACCAACAAGGGAGCCUGGUCCAAGCAAGAAGAUCAAAAGCUCAUUGAUUAUAUACGUACCCAUGGUGAAGGCUGCUGGCGUUCCAUCUCCGAAGCUGCAGGUCUGCACCGUUGCGGCAAAAGUUGCAGGCUGAGAUGGAUAAAUUACUUGAGACCAGAUAUCAAACGAGGAAACUUUGCUCAAGACGAAGAGGAGUUGAUUAUCAAACUCCACGCUCUUCUUGGUAACCGGUUAUUGGCUGUUAGGUGGGCAUUGAUAGCAGGUAGAUUGCCAGGAAGAACGGAUAAUGAGGUGAAGAACUAUUGGAAUUCCCAUAUAAAGAGAAAGCUGGUAAAAAUGGGGAUCGAUCCCAAUAACCAUAAGUUGAACCAAUAUCCAAUAGGUCCUCAAACUCAGCAUGUUGUUCCUCCCAGGAAUGUGGCAUGUAAGCUUAGAGUGUCUUCAACGGACAAUGAUGGUGUCUCGGAUGCUGCAAGUUAUCUCAAAGACGAAACACUAGCCGCCGGUGAAUCGAACUUGGAUCUGGAUCUUUCAAUCGCAGUUCCUUCGAGUCCUAUCAAGAAUAUUGAAGAAAACCAGAAGAAAACAGAUCCCACCCUUCUUCUUUUUAGAUGAGAAAAAACCCUACAAGGAUGUGGACUAGUAAAAGACUAGAUAACAAGUUUAUCUGAAUUCUGAGAAAAAGGAUCGUAGAUGUGAUCUGUUGAACUGUAUUAUUGUGUAUAAUUUAGUAGAAAGAAACAAAGAUUUCAACUUA